GCCAAGAUCUGCGCGCAGCUUGACGGCGCCCUCCUGACCGAUGAGGAGUGCGGCCGAUACCAGGAGAAGUGGACCGCCCUGCCAGACCCCGCACACGGCGGCGCGCAGCCGGCGCCGGAGGGCGCCACCAUUGCGGGGCUCGCGCCGCUGGCCGCGGCCGAGGGGGAGGGCGGAGCCGGGGCGCAUGGGCACGGGCAUGGGGCGCACGGCGGGCACUGA